CGCAACUCUUCCUUCAUCAUCUUAAUUUGCAACGAAAAAAGUGCGGAAAGUCGUUCUAUUAUUAACCAUCUAAGUUUGCUGCUGUCUUUCUUUUUGUGGCGCUGGCGCAUUUUCCCAUGUCGUUCAGGCUGCCCUCCAGUCCCACGCGAAAGGUACCGCCGUUAUUCGCACCUCACUUUGCCUCGUCCACCAGUGCUCUAUUUCUCUGUUCAUCCUAGCCGCGAAUACCCCGUGGAAAUGUUUGGUUUUGAUUGUGUGUUUUUGUUUAUUAGUAUGUUGCUGACUCUUUGUCUUUGCCUUUGUGUAUGGUCACUGGUGAAUAGCUUUUCUAGGAAACUUCGACCUUGUUUGUCGCGACCUCUCCCCCGCCUGUUCUUGAAAUAUCGAAUAGUACCUACGCAACAAGAACAGAAAAAGUGGAAGGAAACAAGACUGCAGUUUGGAGACUGAAGGGGAAGGAGCUAGCCUGCCACUCCUGGCCCUGGCAGAAUGGCCGGACCGUUCAGUUCUGGGAGGAAGGAUGGAGCGGAGAGCUCGACAGUCCGCGGCCGUGGAUUUUCUGGACGAGCAGCAUCGUCUCGGUCUAGGGGCUCAAGCGGAUCACGCGAUUCCAGAGGCCGCGGCCGAGGACGAGGAGAUUCUCCAGCAGGCAGGCAGGGUCGUGGUAGGGGAGCAAAGCCCACUGGUUCGGCAACCAACGUGCCACGCGAGGAGCAGAAGCUACCAGCUGCGUCGUCCGCUUUCUCUCCUUUCUCUGGACUGAAGGAGAACAAGCCAUUUUCUUCCAUGUUUUGCGGGCAGACUUUCCAACAAAGAGGUGGAACGUUCGGGAUGCCUUCAAAAAUGGACGGAACCAUGGUCGAUUCGAAUAGGGAUCCUCGACGCGGAGCGUUACAACACCCUCCCGAUCACAAAGAUGGUUUCUCUAUUCCCGUGGAAGACGAUGCUGUUCUGAACCGAUAUCAUGAACGCUAUGAGGAGCUCAAAAUUGAUAGGGCCAACCAAAGGGAGAGAGCCAUUAAAGAAGGACUAAUGGCAGAUCCUAACCAACCUACCUAUUUGAACCAAGCCAUUACGCCAGUUGGUACUUGCACCAGCAUGUGUCCAGAGUAUGAACGAGUUGAACGAAUUGUUCAAAAGAUGGUCGACAAAAGCGAAAAGUUUCUUCAUCCGUCUACUGGCAAGCUCCAGAAUAUGGAGACGAAGAUGCUGAAGCGUUUCAGAAGAUCUGCCGCUGGCUACGACGAACAACUCCCUUCUGAUAUUCGAACUCCUCAGACGCUUCUUCAGACCACCAAUUAUCUUAUUCGGCAUGUCAUCGGUGGAGACGAACCUCUUGGACUCAUUCACAAAUUUGCGUGGGACCGUACCAGGUCUAUUCGUAACGAUUUAUCAGUUCAACAACUGACGCAGGAGAACCAUGUCAGGAUGGCUGUAACCUGUCUUGAGAGAAUCGCUCGUUUCCAUAUUCUAUCUCUUCACCUGCUCUCCAGCCCCGCAAAUGAGGAACCAUUUGAUCACCACCAGGAACGUGAACAACUUAACAAUACCAUGCUGUCUCUCAUGUACUAUUAUGACGACAACCGCGGUCGCAUUUCGUUCCCAAAUGAAGAUGAAUUCCGCGCUUAUUACAUCAUUUUUUCCAUUCACGACCAAAGACCUGACUUGGAAUCUCGUGUCCAGAAAUGGCCUUCUGAGCUGCGCAGGUCUCCCCGCGUGCAGGCGGCACUGGAAAUGUUUGCUGCCGCUGGGAAUACAUGGGAAUACCAGGGUACGCUGGACGCGAAGAGACCGAAUGCAAUUGCUCAGGGCUUCUACACACGCUUCUUUAGUUUGGUCGAUUCCCCAACUGUAUCGUAUCUGACGGCCUGUGUCGCCGAGAUUUAUUUUAAUCAUAUGCGCCAAACCGCCAUCCGGUCCAUCUGGAAGGCAUACUGUCGUUCUCCGCUUUCCCAACAGCAUAGGAAUGAGGAGUGGACAAUUGACGAGUUGACUACAGCACUAUACUUUGACAACAAUGACCAGACAAUGAAGUUUUGCCAACAACAGGAUUUGGAACUCAAAGAGAAUACUAACGGUGAAUUAUGUCUGAACUGGGGCAACCGUCCUGUCGAUUCUGUUGCCUUCCAACCAUCUUCAGAACAAACGUUUUCAGAGAAAUAUGUCGAAUCGAAACGUGCCGGGAGGACGCUAGUUGCUUUAAUUCUCGGGUUGAAUGUCAAGGAAGCGGCAAGUUUGGGAAUGAUUGACAGAUCUCUCUUGUCACAACGCAUCUACCCCUUGUCAACCCUUGAGCUUGGGACAUCUACGGAUGACGAUGCUCUUUUUGUCAGCGGCGAUGACAACGAGCCCGAAGUCCUACCGCCCCAACAAAAUGGAAUACCUGAGAUACUCACGUCCACGUCUCCUUCCAGUCUUGACAAAUCUUUCGAAGAACUUUCGCAACCAAUUCCCGACAAUGAACCAGCAGCCACACAGCAAGGUGUCCCCGACAGCUGUUCCAAUCCGAGUCUUUUCCAGCCGUCUGACUCUACCAAGACCUUUUCAUCCUUAUUCGCUCCAGAAAAGAUGGGUGGUACAGUGCUCUCAUCCUCCCCGAUCCCUAGCUCCUUUGCGUUCUCAUCUUCAUUUCCAUCUUCCGAGGCGUCGCAGACAAAUGAGAGUGUCCCUCCCGGUGCACAGAAGUCACCCUUCGCGUUUUCUCUGGAGCCAACCCCCUUCACGUCAAAAGAGCAGAAAGAUAAUAUCACCACGACUACUAUUCCUCCCGCAUUUCAAGUGAAACCAUCAUCCGCCCCUCAAGGCUCGGCAAAAGCACCAGAGUCUCCGUUCAAUCUUAUCGCGAGCUCUCUGAGUACAAGAUCUGACCAGGCUACUAGGCGGACCAAUGAUCAUGAUUCUGUCAGUUUGUUUAAUUCCAUAAAAAAGCCCACGUUCUCUGGAGCUUUUGGGACUCCUACUGGUUCCAUGUUCAACUUUACGUGUCCAAACGUCUCGUCAAAAGAACUCGAUAUUGGAACGUCCCCUAUUACUAGUGAAGGGCCCGUUCAAGCAUCAUCGCCUUUGGAAGACAAUGGGCUGGUCACAGAGAAAAAUGCUGUAAUAUUUACACCCCCCGCAGCAGAGCCUGUUGCCACAAUCUCGAAGCCUACAUCUCCGGAGCCAAAGACCAGUACGAUGUAUACGGAGACCCAAACUAGCGUCGAGAACAAACAAACUUCUGUCGGUGCAGCGGAAUCCUUGAAACAACAUGAAAAUGAAGCGGCUUCGCUGGAGGACCGGGUCGCAUCUACUGUACCAGCACCGCCUAUUGAAGCUACGCCAACAACUGAUUCUCUGGAGUCUGCCACUAAUAAAAGAGUGGAUGAGGUCGAAGAUCCCUUAGCGUGUAUGAGUCGGCGUGAACGCCGUCGUUCCUGGAUACAGGCCCUGAAGGAUGUCGCUGAAAGGCGGCGGCAGCAGGAACACAUUGCGACGCGCAAAAGGGCACUAGACGAGAACCAAGAACAAGAAUCGGCCGAAAUUGUCUCAAAAGCGCAGAAAGUAGUGGAAACGGAGGUAUCUCCUCCAUGCAGAUCGUCAUUGGCUCUCUAUUCCAUCAAGUCCCUUCCAACACUUCCUGUUCUGGAGAAGACCGAGCAACUGCUCGCUGCGAAGCCCGCAGCCAGAUUGGAGCCCCAACCAAAGGCCCCUUCUCUGAUCGAUCAAGAUGAGCUUCUUUUGUCUGCUGCUAGGAUAGCUGCUGAAACUUUGAGAAGCGGUCCGAAGAUCUUUGACAUUAUGCCCCCUGAACCUAAUUCUCUGCGCUCGUCUCUGCGUUCGUCUCUCGGCCAUAGUAGCAGUCUUCCUUCCUCUCAACAACAUUCCCGAAGCCAGUCCCCGCUUCAGACCAAUGUCAAUGGGUAUGAUGUUGCUUUCGCUCCAGAAACCGAUCUGGGUCUUGGCCGUUCGUUGUCCCGAACAGAGCAAAGGAUUAGACGCACAGGGGGUAGAGGACUGGCGUACAAGCCGCUUAAUUUCACGCCCGAGAAAUAUCGCAAAACGGAGGAAUAUAAAUAGCCGUACGGGAUUUUCUACUUUCGGAUAUAGCAUCGCUCAUAAUUUUGGUUAAAAUGGGCCACACUGGACGGAAAUCACUUAAUUGAGAGGGAAGAUCGCAUUUAUCAUGGCGUCUGGUCUCUCAAUAGCGGGUUAUUUCUCGGCUCUGGUUUAGGGUCGCAUGUACUUUCAUUGCAUGGUGUUGGUGGAUUGACAUAUGCUUGCAAUAUACCUAUACAGACUUUUUAUUCUACCCUAGCCAGCCGAGUUAGCUUCGGCCGUCUUAUGUUCUGUUCCGGAAUCUUAGGCACGUGACUAGCACGUACCUUCUUUUCAGACGUUAAAUAAUACAAUCAAUCAAUCAAUCCCUUGCAUUGAAGAAGCGAUUGAGAUGAGGGAAGAAGC